GAAGAGCGCGAGGGUGCGUCGGUGUGUGUCGGCGUACGGCGGUGCGCGUCGACGUGGGUCGGCGCGGGUGUUUAUAGUCGCGGCGGCGGCGGUGCGAGGCGUCCGGCGUCGUUUUCCCAAGGAUCGGCCGAGUCGGGUGGUCUCCCGCCGCGAGAGGGACGGCGGUACGCGGGGCGACCGGCCGAGAACGAGCGAGAGAGAGGGACCGAGCGACGGGAGCGGAGCAAAAUGAGUCGCCAGGCCGCCUAGCGUAGUGUACGCGGGCGACGGGCAGAGGCGGCGGAAAAAUGGCGGCCGAUAACGAAGCCUCCUGCGCGAGUGACCCAAAUUUCGCGGUGAUCUGCUCGUUCCUCGAGUGCUUCGGCAAAUCCUGUGGCAUCGAGUAUCCGGACAUCGCGCGCCUUCAGGAUAUGCUGGAGGACGCCCAGGAAGUACCUCAGCCACUCGUUGACCUACACAUAAAACUUCUGCGCAAGACACGGAAAACCGUUUCACCGGAAAAGUGGGAAAGAGCUUUGGUGAAGUUCUGCCACACGUAUUCCAAUCAGGAUGGUUGGGAACUCGAACGGUUUGGUUAUAAGAAGGCCCGUGUUGCGGUUAAACUGCGUCUCUUGAAGGUUCUCCUGGAGGCCCAAUUUGAUUUGAAUCAAAGGUUCAAAAAUGAAGUGAAUAAAUUAGCAGCCUCUGAGUUGCGAGUGGAGCCAUUAGGACGAGAUAAGAGUGGAUUGGCAUACUGGUGUCAACUUGACGAAGAAUGUAAUAUAAGAGUUUAUCGUGAGGACGUGGAUGAAGAAAAUUGGGAACUUGUUGCAAAGGACCGUGAAGGAGUUGUCAAUCUCAUAAGCACCUUAUCAAACGGUGAAGCCGGGGCAAUACCCAUCAAUGAAGACAGUAAUAGCAUAGAAAUUUCAGAAAAACCAAUUAUCGAUACCGGUCAGAUUACCUCACCAAGCCUAGACGAAGAAGGGCAUCGGGAAAAUGGUAUUAAUGGCGACAGUAUGGGCGACUGUGAAACUGCAAUUGCAAAAGUUGUCAGUACGUCUCAGGAUAAUGGGCAGCUAGAUGACGAAGAAGGCGAAGACGAGGAUGACGACGAGGGAGAGGAAGAAGACGAUGAAGAAGAGGACGACGAGGACGAUGAAACUAACGAUUUCCGAUCUGAGCAACAGAUGGAAGAAGACGACUCUCAAGAUAUCGUCGAACCUCGUAAACCAACAGAGAAGACACUCAACGUGGAGCCGUCCUUGCUAGGGCUACAAAGACCUGCUGAACAAUCCGAAGCUCUCUUGGAACCGCGAAUUGCGGAAGAACCCCAACAACGUGUUAUAACCGAGGCGUGUAACAUUCCAAAACCUGCAGAACUGGAAAAGAAUGAUCGAUUCGUCGGUAACAGUGCUCCGAAGUUGGAAACUAUCGAGCCGUUGCUUGUAAAGUCGAUCGAAACGCCCGUCAUCAAGACGUCACCAUUAAAAAUACGCAACGUUCCGGAUCUGAAACAACCACCUGAGCUUAAAAACCUGGACAUGCAGCUUCCCGCCGAUUGUACGAUGUCGCUGACAAAGAAGCAGCUUCCUCCUGAAGACGAGCUGGCCCUAAAAAUUCAUGAAAAACUACCAAGCAAAAGCACCAUGCCUUUCCCCUCUGUACUUGGGCACGGCACGAUAUCCAUUAAGCCAAUCGAUCAACUAGCGGCGAACCUUGUCAAAAUGCAGUCUGAGAAGCUCUCUGCCAGUGAAAAACCAAGCGGGGCCAAGUCAUUGGAGAAAAUAGCGGAGAAUUUGGCGAGAUCGAGUCUUGGGACGAUGCUGAUUGGUGACGAGGACAGAAUACCGCAGGACUUUGCGCGGGAUAAAUCUACCGCUCUGAGAGGUCAUCGAGGAAUGGACCUUUCGACCUCGCCUCGAGGCUGGGAGACUUCGAGUAACCUUGGCAGACCAAUGGAUUUCUCCGGCAUUGAUCUUUCUAGUCGUAAAGCGUCCAAGCCCAUGGACCUCCCUCCUUCCGGAUACAGGCCUCAAGAAUUUCAGCACCGAGAAAUGGAUCUCAGCACUAGGAAACCCGGCAAAGCCGAGGUUCCAAACUUACCUUACGACGCGCGAACGGUUAUGCUUCGAAACCAUGCCAUGGUCACCGACUUGAGUAAGCGGCAAAUGCCGUUUGCCGGUUAUGACAUGGCAUCGGCGUAUCACAAUACGGCAAGGAUACCGAAUAAGGAAGAUCACAGAUUGCCGGGUUACACGAUACUAGCUGAUCCGAGUAAGAUCACAUCUCUUAGGAUGGGAGCUGUGGGAGUUAAGAGGUCGAUGGAAGGCGAGGAACUCCAACCGGACGGCACGAAGAGACUGCGUGCCGAUGUAAUACCGAUCAGGGGAACCAUGGAUAAGAGACCAUUGGUCGGUACCAACUGGAGGGACGAAGUCGGAGAGGCUAUUGAUGAACCCUUGAUGAUGGUCCAAGGCGAGGGGUCGGGCAGCGACUGCGAGACUGUCAAUCCUGGUGUAGGGGAGGCCAUCGAAGAACCUGUGAUUUUUUUUCACGGAGAAGGCUCCGGCCGCGAGUGCGAGACGGGAAAUCCUGCGGAUGAAACCUCAACCGACAAUAAGGAAAGCAACGAAUCAAAAAACGAAUCCUGCAGCUCCACGACGGCGAAUCUGCCGCCGAAUAAGAUCCUCUCCGAGGACAGUCUUUUGAACAAGGUGUCGGCCGAUUCCGUGACGAUAAAUAGGAGCCACCCGCAAACUAGUAUUAACUUAAUGGAUAGCAGCGGAAACACUACGGAGCUAAACUCUACUAUUAAGCCAAAAUUUAAGCCGACUCUCGGCGUCCAAGUGAUCUCAAAAUCCACAGCUGGGUCACCGAUAAAGAGGCUGUCCAGGUGGGACGUUGGGAAGCCAACCGAACAAUUUUUAUGUGACAGUAGCAUAUCGGCGGAAGAUCCUACGCUGAACCGAGGCAGGAAUACGUUGAGGGAUGAUAUCAAUGUCUGCCCCAACGAUGACGCUUCGAAAUACCAGGAUAACGUAGAAUGUGACACUUCCACGGCGGAAAAUAUCGACGAUGUGCCAGUCCCUGAAUCUACUCAAGAAUCCUCAAGGUGUGAGACGCCUUUGACUAAAAGUGACAUCAGUCAGGAUCAAGAUGUCGCGAUUUCUUCUGCUUUGCCGGGCGUGACUGCAUCGAAAAAUGAGGAAGAAACCCCUCCGGUCACGAGUGAUAAUCUCUCCGGAAAAGUAGACGUUCCGCCCGAAGAUGAGGAGCGCAAGGACCCUGACGAAUCGCCACAAUUUUUCUUUGGACCUAAUUGUAUAUCCUACCCCUCGAAAUCCGACAAAUCGAAUGAUGAAACUGACAGAGCAGUAGCAUCUACCAUUUCGGGUGUGUUGGGAACCGAUGCAAUGAUCUCCGAGAAUCCGGCGUCGUCAGGAAAAUUAUUGGAGAACGUUGCCGAUUCCAAUAAACCGGACGAAACAGAGCGCUUUAACGUUACAAGGAACAAUAAUAACAUACUUAAAGCAAUGAAUACCCUUGGAUCUGUGUCAUCUUUAGCAGAAAAUAAAUCGGCAGAACAUGCUGAAGUAGAAAAGACGGAUCAAGGGAGUUCUGGCGUUGCUGAUUCGAAAAAGGAAUCGGAAUGUCAAGAUAAUCAAAAUUCAACCAGUGCCUCUGUUUCUACUGAACUAGAGCCGUCUUCAAUUUGUCUUAAACAGUUUGACGAGUCCACGCAAGAAAGCGGCAAUGUUGGGAAGAAGGAUGGCGAGCAAGCUAAAAUUCAGGAGUCGGAGUCGUCUUCCGAUGUAUUAGUACCUUGCAGUAGUAGCAGUAGUUUAGAAAAUUUCAAUGAGAAAAACGAAGCAUCGACAGGCAGCUUGGAAGCUUCACGAAGUUCCAGUAUCGAUGAAAACGUAGACUUAGAUCAGGAAUACAAAAAUGACGAAUCUGAGAUUACAUUUGAAAAGUCAUUUGAAGACAGUACAGCGAAAGCAUUUCCCGAGAUCAGGACAGGAGAACUGUCCAAUGACAGCACAGAGGAAGAAAUAAUCGAAAGUAACGUAACGCAAGAACUGUCUGACGACAAAACAGCGGCAGAACUGUCUGAGGAAAUUGCAGCUAUAGAACUGUCGGAAGACAAUACAGCAAAAGAACUUUCAGAGAACCUUACAGCAAUGGAACUGUCAGAGGAUGAUAGCCUGGCAAAUGAUAUGUCUGAAGACCGUUCAGCAAAUAAAAUGUCCGAAGAUAGUACCGCAAAAGAAAUUUCCAGCGCAAUAAAUAAAACCCCCGAGGACACUGAAGGCACGAUAAAAGAAGUAUCUAAGCACGGCGUAACGAAAGAAUUAUUUCAGGACAAUACAGUGGCAGACUUAUCCGAAGAUAGCACAGAAGAACUAUCUGAUAAACUGCUGAAUGAACAGUUUGGAAAUGAAGUAGCGAAAGAAUCGUCUGAGAAUAAUGUCGGAAAAGAAUUGUUCAAAGAUAAUGUUACAAAAGAACUGUCUGAAGACAAUACUUCACAAGAAUUGUCUAAAGACACGCCGCUGAAUGAGCUGCCCGAAACUGAAACGGACAAGGAACCUUUGGAAGACAAUUCAGCGAAAGAACAAUUAGCGUGUAAUGCAGAGAUACAGCUUUUUAAUGAGAGCACAUCAAACAAUGAUUUAGACGAUACUGUAGCAGAACAGCCCGAAGAAAGCAACGUGAAAGUCGCGGAGGUGGCUGAAAAGGAGAGUGUGGCCCCAGAAGAAACAGAACCAAGUCAUUCAACGGAUGAGAGAGAAGUGACUGAAGAAAAUCCAAAAAAUGAUAAUCUUGAAGUAACCGAACAUGUUACAGAUAAGGAUUUAGAAGGUAAAGAUAUAACUAUUGGCCACGAAAACCCAGAUACUUUGUCAGCUGCAGAACCACCCGAUGAUCAAUGCAAAGUAGAUGAAAAAGUUCCAACGACAUUUUGUGAGCAAAAUACUCCAUUAGCAUCCACGUGCCUGGAAAACAUCGAAGACGAUAAUACCUGUGGUGAAAUAUUAAAAGUAGCUGACAUUCCAGCAACAGAAGCAACUAAUUCAUCAAGUGACAAUUCUUGUCCAGAGACUAGUAGCGAUAUACUGGAUAUGGACAAGGAUCAAUCUAAUCAAGACGACGAAAGCAAUGCAGCAGAAAAAAGUAUAUUCGGAUCAUCGGAUUUAAUAGCAACCGAUGAACAAUCUUCUAAUGAUCGAUCAAAAGAAUUGGUUAAUUUAGACGAAAGUACAACUUUUGACGAAAGUGGUGAACAUGUACCGAAAAUGUCUGAACUAGCCGAUCAGGAUAAGCAGUCGAUAGACAAUAUCGUCGAUGUUCCUAUUCAGACAGAAGUCGAAACACCGAAUGUCGGUAAAAAUGUGGAAGAAAAGGCGGUGUCUGUACACGAUAUUCCUGCCUCUUCAAUUAUAAAGCCGGGUGAGAAUACAGCUGAAGGUGAUGCAUCGAUUUUACGAAUUGAACAGCAAUUGCCACAACAUACAACAGACAGUCCUACCGAAGGAAGCACGAAAAAUGAGUUUUUCGAAAACCUAGCCGAGGGUAGCAAUUACCCUAAGGAAGGAGAAUUUUAUCCUCGCCGAGUGUCACCGGCAGCAAUCGUUGACUCUAAUAUUUCCAAGUCUCCAGAAAGAAUAACCAUUGAAAGUAAAGCAGAAGUUAAUGCCUCUGGCUCGAUAGAUACAGUUGACGAUUAUGCCGACGGUGCAUCAGAAGCGCCAAGUUCAGGUGAUCAAGACUCAAACGAACCAAUGGUGAUCGAUGAUAGACUGUACGAUUCCAAUGACUCGUUUAAAGAUAUAGGUAGCGAUGACUUCACAUCAAACUCUAAUGAAAAAUCAUGUGCUAGUAAAAUUAUUCCAGGUACAAAUCAAUCUCCCUGGGCCGCGGAUGUUGUGAAUACCGAGAAAAUCGACUCGUUUAAAGAUGUUUUGAAAGAUAAGGAAGAGAAAGAAUCAAGUAUCGACAAUGCUCUCCCAAUCAAUGAAAGUUGCACGCUGGAAGAAUCAUUGUCAUCUGCAAAUGAUAACCCAUAUUUCGCGGAAAAAGAGUCCAGCGUGCCAAGCAUUCAAUCGAAUGAUGAUUCCAAUGCAGAGCAGGUCAUUAGACAAGAGCCGAAGGUUUUCGAUGUGCUAGAAGACGUUUCAAAAUCGGACAAGUCAUCGAUGCAGAGCCCUUCGAACGAGAACGGACGAUCGCUCGUUGCCAAUUAUGACAGUGAAAAUUCUCUCGGAGAAGGAAGCAAUGAUGUUUUUGAGCCGGAGGCCAACGAGGACCAGGAAUACGAACUUGGUCAAUCGAAUAAGGAAGAUGUUGGCGAAGAUCUGUCGAGCAAAAUGGAGGAGGCAGUUGAAGAAAACAAGCUGCACGUGGAAAGACCCGAAGACAGCAAAAAGGAGGCAGAGGAAGACACGGUGGUACCAACCUUGAGUGCUAGAGCAGAAGAAGACAUAUCAAAUGCCGAAGAUGAAGUUGAACAUAAGGAACGUAAAGAAGAUACGAAGGGAACGGGCAUUCCGUCUAACGAAUCAAAGUCACCCGAGCCGGAUGAAGAAAUAAGUGAGACGGAUUUGCCUGUCGAAGAUGAAAAUUCUGGUGAGGAAACCAAUGCGAAGGCAGAACAGACUUUAGAAAAGUCAGAGGAAGCAGGAAAAAUAGAGGAAGGUGAGAAAGUGGAAAAAAGUUCUCUUGACGAUAACUUUACAUCCGCUAAAGAGGCACCGGUUCAACAUUCUGAUAAAGAAUGGCCCAGUGAAAACGUGAAAACGUCUGAAAGUGUGGUAGAGUCCACGGAACACCACAAGGUCGAAAAAGACACUUUGAUUCGUCCCGGAGGUCGUGAUAUUUUAACACUAGAUUCCGUGAAUAUGUCUCAACAGUUUAAAGAUAGUUGCUCGAAUGACGAACCUGAAAAAUUUGAAGGUGAUAUCCACGAUCAAUCUUCAAAAGAUGAAGGGAAUUAUACCGUACUAGAAGCUAUCGCCAAGAACGAGCCAAUUAAACUAGACACAUACAAAAGUAGGGAAUCUGAAACUGAAAAGUUAAUGACAAACCAUGAACUCAAAAUUAACCCUACAAAGGGAGUUGAGGUUGCGGAAUCCGAAGCGAUAGAAGAUGAAGAACUGGCGAUUACUCAACCUUCUAAAAAAUUAAAAUACGACGAAUCCUUAAUUAGCCAGAAUGAAGUAGAAUGCAGGAGGGUUCAGGAGCUUCCAGAAAAAAGACCUCCAGAGGAAGAACAAGGUAAAGGUGAGAACAGGUUAAACUCUUUGCCUUCAUCGGUUGAAGGUAUCACGACAAUACUACCAGAAGAGGCUGCCGGCGUUCAAAGUUCCUUAAAAGAGAAUUCCCAGGCAGUUGUCGACAGUUCCGUUUCCAAGAAUGUCAAGGGCCUGGAGAUCUCGAGCGAAAAAGAAACACCGGUCGAGCUAAAUACGGAAAGCCUGAACAAGGUGCAAGAGCCUGAAGGAUUGGAAAACACUUCCUCGAAUUCAGCCCACCUGGUGACUCCGAGAAAUAACGAAAAUCUCGCCGAAAGUCCUUUCCUGAAGGAGGAAACUAAAAAAGAAGCCAGUAAACGCGUAGGGGACGCUUCAGGCGUUGAGGACGUUCCUCCAUUGAAAUCCAAACCACCUGUCGACAUUGAAGAUACCGCGAUCGACUUAAAGAGCACAGCCUCGAAGGACUCGCCGGAUGUAUCUGAGAAUUUCCGGAAGUCAGAAGUUAGAAAGUUCCAAGGCGAUCUGCUGGGCUCGAUAGAGCCUCUGGACCCUCCCGUAGUCGAUGACGCGGCUUCAAGAAGAAGAUCUUUAAGGGGCAAGAGUAAGGUACCAACAGCCCCUGAGCUGCAGAGCAUCGACGUGAAGACCAUCACCAUUGAAUCCGACGAAUCGAUGGGAGUGGACAACGAGGACGUGUUCAAUGCGCAACCCGAUGAAGAUGACCCUCUGGCGUGUAUCGAUGACGAAGACGAGAGCAAACCCUCUCUGGAUUCGACUCCGCGGAUUGGAAUCCGCGUUAAACCGGUGUCCGAAUUGAUCUACGAGGGCUGGAGGUUGGAUGGCACCGAGACGCCCAAGGUCUCUCGGAAGAGGCGCAACAGCGCCCACGAGUCCAACCCUGAAGACGCCUUAACCAUCCAGGACGACCAGGACGAUGGAGUGUCCGUUGAGAAGAGGAUGAAGAUGCGCGCCAAGAGGACUCCGGACAAGAAUCUGAGGAGGUCCGUAGAGGACAGUCGCGUUUUCACCAUUAGCUCGGAGGACGAGUUGAUGAAGAAGUCCUCGAGGGUGACCGAGGACGAUACCAAAGAGGAGAACGACGUUACCGUAGAAACGGAGGCAGCGCAGAAUGAGAAGAAAAGUCGAGGCAGGCCCAGGGGUAGGAAAAGGCGUGGUGGUCACAGAGGUGCUGCUAGAGGUGGAUACAGGGGUGGAAGAGGUGGAUCUAAAGGAGCUGCACGUCCUGCAACGGACAAAUCAACGGUGUCGGAAUCUCCUGAUGAUCCUACGAUAAAUACCGACCAGACCUCUGCUGGCGAUGGGUCGGCGGGAGCUCCACCGUCCGCGCCGAAGAGGAGGAAGAAAAGAAAAAUGGUUUUAGGACUGGAGAUUGGGAGAGACAUCGUGCCAGAUGCACAAGGGCUGCAAAACGAGACACCUGUUAGGCAGUCUAGAAGAAUAGCGCAACUGAAGAUAAAGGAAGAUGCGGAUCGGCGGAGAAUCGAGGACGAAACUAUGUGCGAGCUGAAGUUGAAGAAAGAGCGCGAUACCUCAGAGAAGAAAAAACGCAAGAAACAGAAGGCUGAAAGCGAGGAUGAGUGUAUUAAAGAAGCUGUAAAGAUCGAAGUGAAGAAACGGCGGAGGAAAAAGAAGAAGAAGAUGGCAGCUAAGUUUAACGAAUCGAACCCCUGGCAAAGCUCGUCGGGUUCUAGCAGCGAGGAUCAAGAGGAUCACGAAGAUGAAGAAGAGGACGAGGAAGAGAUAGAGAGCGAGGGGUCGAUACUUUUCAAAAGCGAUCAUGAAUUUUCUCCGGAAAGUGACCUCGAAAAGGAUCACGAAGCGGAGCCCUUAAGAAGGGCCAGAACAGCUCAGAAAGCUCAAAGCGACGUCGAGGAAGCCGAAGACGAAUAUGCGUGUCAGAAAUGCGGAAAGGCUGAUCAUCCAGAAUGGAUUCUGUUAUGUGAUUCGUGUGAUAAGGGUUGGCAUUGUUCCUGUCUCAGGCCUGCUCUAAUGCUCAUACCCGAAGGCGAUUGGUUUUGUCCCCCGUGCCAACAUAACUUGCUAGUUGUGAAACUUCAAGAGAGCUUGAAGAAAUUCGACCAACAGACGAAGAGGCACGAGAAUGAAGUCCUGAGAAAGAAGAGACUCGCGUUCGUAGGAAUUAGUUUGGAUAAUGUUCUUCAUAAGAGUGAAAACCAACGUUCCCAAAAGGCAUCCAGUCAAGAGUCCGAUAACGAUUCUUCAUCUUCCUCAUCGGUAUCGAGUUCCGACAGUUCGAGCAGCGAUGAAAGUGAACCUGUUUACCAGCUACGCGAAAGGCGUUGUGCUAGUACAUAUAAAUUUAAUGAGUACGAUGACAUGAUAAAUGCUGCUAUUCAAGAUGAAGUGGAAGCAGUACGAGGUGCUGGAAACCAAGGAAGAGGAAAGGACAUAGCCACGAUAGUGAAUGCGGAAAAGGAGGAGGCUGAGGCACUGAAGAAGAAACACCUUGACAACGGCGAAGACGAUUCGGAAGGAAAAUCAGAUCGGGAUAGCGAUGAAGAGUACAGAGCAGAGAAGGAUGAAGAUUAUGACGAAUUAGAGGAAGAAAGGAAAAGGAAUGCUAGAAAGCUACUCGCGCGAAAGAAGCACCGCAAAUUAAAUAGUUUAGAUAUAAGCAGUGAAGAUGAUCCUGAAAGUGACGAGGAUUUCAAGGGCACUAGCUCGGAUGACGAAGAGGAAUUCGAGGAGCCAAACACGUCGUCUGAUGAAAGCGCUUUCGCCGAAAGAAGGCGAGGGAGAAAAAACGAUAUGCGACCCGUAAGGAGAUCUACGAGAGCCAGGAUGACCCGAUACGACGAGGACUUUAUCAAUGACGAUAGCGACGAAAGUGACCGACCUAAGAGAAAAAAGUCUCGGUCCGCUUGGGAUGACUCGGGAAGCGAAGAUAGUGACAACUCUUGGAGACAGAAGAAAAAGAGAACUAAAACUGCAUCUUCCAUGAGGUUCCGAACUUUGUCGAAAACAAAAACUAAAAAGAAGAAAAAGAGAAAGCGCAUCAUCGAAUCAGAUAAUCAAAGCGAUAAUGAAAAUGAGCAAGAAAACGAAAUUGAGAACAAGUCCGACGAGGAGUUUAAACAGGAAAAUCUUGGGAAGUCGGACGAUCUAGGUGUUAACUCGCAAGCAAACAAGAAUACCGUCUUAGGAACUCCGGAGGGCGAAGGAGACGAAACGAAUAUCGAGGCUAAAGUGGAAGGCUCUGAGAAAGAGGUGGCGGAUCCUUUUGUCGAUGAGCAACAACAGAAAAAGAAAAAGAGGGAACUUACGGCAAAGCAGAAGAAGGUUUCGCCCAUCAGGAGAAAGAUCAUUUAUGGAGGUCUUCCGGACGAAUCUACGAGACAAGAAGAGGAAUCGUUGGGCAGACGUACCCGUGGCCGAAAGAUCAACUAUCAAGAAGUAGUGGCGUCUGACAGCGAAGAGGAAUUGAAAAAAGCUUUGAGGAAAACGGAAGAGAGCGAAGACGAGUUCGUCGUCAACGAGGGAGAAGACCCGAACGACGGAGCGGAGAAAGAUUCAGACUCCGGAGACAUAUACUCGCCGAAGAAGGAAUCGCUGAAGCCAAAGACGAAGUCUCCGAAAAGCAAAAAGCCGAAAAAGAGCAAGAGCCCGGCGUCCAAGAACCGAUCGCCGAGCGGCGAGGGAGGCGCGAAGCCGCGGAAGAAGCCGGGCCCGAAGCCAGGGAGUAAGAACAAGCCGAAGCAGCCGAAACUGACGAUAAUCCCCCCGACGAAGCCUAAAGAUCCAUCGAGCGGAUUGGAGGCGGAUAGAACGGAGGCCUCCGGUGGGGGAGCGGCGGUCAAAAUGGAGGAGGCCGUUGUCCGCGAAGGAAUCGUAAUACCAGGUACGACAAUGUCCGCGUCGGGUUCCGUGGCGGGGGAGGUCUCGGAGGGUCCGCUGACGGGAUUGGUCCCCGUGGAGCUAGCCGACCUCGACGAGGAACAGCUGGAGCAAAUGAUGAUGGAGGACGAGGAAUACGGCCGGCGCCAGCUGGAGCUGGCCGCGAUCGAGAUAGCGAAAAAGAAAAAGAAGGAAGAGCGCGAGGCGAAGAAGUUGGAGAAGGCCCGACUGAAGGCAUUAGAGAUUUUAGCGGCCGAAAGGCAGAGAGACCCGAACGCCCCCGACGGGACCGACGGUGAGGCCCCGAAGAAGAAGAAGCGAGGUCGCCGCAGCAAAGCGGAGAUCAUCGCGGAGCAAAUGCGACGCGACGGUGCCCCGGACUUGGGUCCGGCCACCGUCUUAGCAUCUACCAUAAGCCCUAAUAUAACUGUUAAUGUGACGGCUAACGUAUCUCCUAACGUAAAUCCUACCUUACCUACAGUUAUGACUCCCGAAGCGGAGAAGACAGCCGAGGGGCACGUACCCGUCGUCAUGACAGGAUCGUCCGAUGGGCAGCUAUACGAUCCCGAAGGAACGCCGAGCAAGCCCAAGCGAAGGGGGCGCGGCAAGGGUAAGAAAACUCUUGCGCUGGAAGCCGCCCGAGCUGCCGAAGCCGCGGCGAAGGCCGGGCCCGACCUCGGGCCCGUCGGGACGGGGACCGACUCCGAUCCGGGGGCUAAACGCGACCAAUUCCCAAGUGUGCUUCCCACUCCAGGUAGCGGCACCUCCGGCUCGGCGCCGCCCACCCCGCCGGCGGGCCCCGCCGCGGUGGGCCCGCCGCUCCAGCCGCCACAGCCGCCGCCGCAGCCUCCGCACCCGCAGCCACCGCCCGCCACCACGACGCAGCCCGGGUACCCGCUGCCGCCUAGUCAACAGUCUUCCGUCAUCACCAGGAUGCUGCAGGCCCAGCCGGUCUCGAGCAGCCCGCAGUCCUUCACCGCGGCGGCCGCCGCGAUGGGCCACAAGUACUUCGGCGGGCCGAAUGCGGCCGGCCAGCUCAUGGCGGGGCCACGGCCUCCGGGCUACGACCUGCAGCCCCGCGGCCGCAUCCCCUCACCCUACCGGCAACCGGGCCAGCCGGCCAUGCCGCCGCACUUCGCGGCCGUCCGCUCGGGCACUCCGCCCAUGCGCAUGCGCGUGCCCGCGGCCCAGAUGUACCACACGGCCCACCACCCCAUGGACCCCUCGCCCUCGGGCGGCGGGCCCAUCUCCAUCAACAGCCGGGACCGCAGUUCCCCGCUCGGGCCCGGGCCCGCCAUGAUCCCGCCGACCGCCGGCAGUCCCCUGGCCAAGGGCGGCCCCACGCCCCCGCCCCCGCCGCCGCCAUACGCGCGCACCGGCCCCCCGCUCUCGCGCUUCCCCCCCGAGGCCCCGGCCGGCCUCGGGCCCCGCCACCAGAUGCCGCCCUUCGCCGGCUCCUCGCCGGCCGGCCACGGCAUGCAGCAGCCCUCGCCGCCGCCCAGCCGGCCGCCUGGCAACUUCUCGCCCUACCACCCACCCCCGCCGCCCAACUACCACUACGGCGCCUACCCCCCGCCGCCGCCGCUCUCCACGGCCGACGACGCGGCCGCCUACCAGGGCUCCCCGUACCCCGCCGAGCACUUUACCCCCGGCGAGGGCCAGCCGCCGCCCCCGCCCCAGGGGCAGCCCAACCCCCAGCCCCCGCACCCCGGCGAGCCCGGUGGCCCCGGCAAGCAGUACGACGAGGAGGGCUCGGGCGAGUUCGGCGGCCUGGUCUCGUACUUUAGCAGUCAGCGCGAGGACGACCUCGAUUCGUAGCAUGAGUGAGGCCGCGGCCAAUCCUGACUCGGUAGCUAGUAGGCGCGGCUUUCGCUUCGACUUCCUCCCGGCCCGAGAGGUCGACCUAGGUGGCUCGCGAGGAGUCCCUCCGUCCCUGCCUGCGGAGCGACCCUCGGCCGCGAGA